UCUUCGUUCCCCACGCCCCCUGUACGCGCUUUCUCUAACCCCAUCGAGGCAGGCGCGGCAGAUGGCUUCGCUUGUUAGCGCACAGAGCGCCGAAAACAGGUUCGUCCUUCGCCGGACAGGUUUUGUUUGCCGACUGAGAUGGCAACCGAAAGAGAAGCCUUCGGAUGACAACGAAGACGGUGAACCGAGGAGUAACGGCUUAUCAGGGACGUCAUGAUGUAACUCUUCACCAUUCUUUGAUUCGAUCGGUGUACCACUGAAGCAGGGACGCAUCGGCCGACGCUGGAGCUGGUUCCCCUUGUUGACUGACUUCCACGGGAGCGACGUUCGCGCCACCUUCGCUCCUCGCUGGACCGGUUUUUCUCACUGACAGAGAACUCUCUGCUCAGCACACUCCCAAUUGCGCGAGAAUAAACGAUUGAGGAUGCCGGAGUGCACCUCCGGUGCACUUUUCGUGAACAGAAGGAAAGCAUUCCAUCAGCCUACUCAGAGCCCACGUUUUCAACAUAGUAAAUCCUGGGCUUAUAUAGAAAAAAUGCCGUACCCUGCAAGAAUAACGAAGGCACUCGCAACCUUUGGCACCGUGAGCGUUUUCCUCUCAAUGUGUGUCCAGUGCUUCCAAACGGAUUGCAACGCGACGCUAUCCUGGAACGUCUCAAGCCAAGACCACCCGGACAUACCGCACGAUCGAAUCGAAGAACUGUUGCGAUGCCCGGAGGGACUACACGGUUGCAGUGUCUCGCCACUCAACUGCACGGAGAAGCUCCUCGCUGUCACUUGCAGUUGCGCCAGAAACUGCGACGUCUACGGAUCUUGCUGCUGGGAUGCCAAAGUGCACGGGCCUCCUGCUUCACCGGCGAAAUGUACUUUACGUGACGUCGAUGAUGAGUUCACCAGGGCGUUUUACGCUGUCUCGGGGUGCCGUCUUGACUGGCCGAACGAUGAGGUGCGAAUGUCAUGCGAGAAUGUUACGAGUGAACAAGAUCCGUUCUUUUUUAUACCGGUCACAACUAAGCGACAGGUCACAUACUUCAACGCGUUCUGCGCCCUUUGUAACUACGACUUGGACAACACAUCCAUGUUUUGGAACGCUUCAGGACGGGGGACUCAAGAUUUAGCUACGUCCCCACCGCAGUACGCGUUGGACAACAAGAACGCCUUCUUUUGGCCCUGUGAUUUUACCCUGGUAAAUGUCGACUCUUGUCCAGAAGGCUCUGACCCAGAAAUCACGCGAAGAUGCUUAACUUACUUUGCUCCAGUAGUGUACAAACGUGAAGAGUCCGAAGUCGACAAGUACAAUGACCAUGGCUCCGAAGUCGUUUAUAAGAACGUCUACUGUGGCCUCUGCAACGGAGUCAAUCUUUCGGUCUUGAAGUGUGUUCCGAAACAAGCUGUACCUGAAUUAUUUGGCCGUAUCUUUCUUCUAUCGGCUGUUCCUAAUAUACUGACACUCAUAAGGCCGGUCGUAAGCAAAAGUUCAUGUUUCUCAUGGCACAAUGGCAAGUGUUAUAUUAAAGCUCCUCAAUACCAUUCCGGGAACUCUUCGACGGCGGAGACAAAUGAAACGACAGGCAUUGAAAUGACAACCUCCGACGAUCCACACAAUGUGGGAAGCUACCUCACAACCAUCUGCCUCAGCCUAUCACUGAUUUGCCUUUUCCUGAAAGGCUUGGUGUUCGUGCUCUACAAGAGUUCGCGGACGUUCUCAUCGUGUUGCACAAUGUGUCUUUCGGGAACACUUUUCUGGGCCCAUCUGCUUUUUCUUAUCGUGAACAGCUUCGACGAGUUCAAGCCAUACUGCGCAGUUUUCGCCGCUCUUCUUCAUUACGGCUUCCUGUCCACCUUCUUCUGGACAAGCGUGCUUUCAUUCGACAUCUGGAAGAACGUGGUGACAGCCCGGAUAUCUUCGAGCAAGCGCAGCGGACUUGCGGUCUAUGGCUUAAUCGCUUGGGGUGCGCCAAUGGUCGUGGUGGUCCUGGGCGUUGUACUAGAUUGGGCUGCUUCAGACUUCGCCCUUUCGCCGAACUACGGACGAUAUUCUUGUUGGAUCGGCAGCACGUGGAAUCAGGUCGUAUUCCUUCUCAUGCCAAUGGCCGUAUUGCUUCUGUUCGACAUUGGCCUGUACGUGCAUAUUGUCGUCCACGUAAGAAAAACAGCCAGACUUGCCGCAGCUUUUGAUUUCAAAAGUGGCGAGAGCCGGUCGGACAUGAAGCUUUUUAUAAAGCUUGGUUUCAUUAUGGGCUUUACGUGGUUCCUGGCUUUCAUCGGCCUCUUCGUGACCGUAUUAGUACUCGACCUCGCUGUCACUGUCCUUGUCGGACUUCAAGGCGUGUAUCUGUUUUUCGGAUUCAAGGACUACAAGUACCUGCUUCCUCGGAGAUUGGGCAAAAAGAGGAAAGGUGAAACUACAGUAGCGUAUUCUGCGAAUACUGACAUGUCCUCGUUUUCUUGAGAAAUCAGCUCCAGAGACAGUGCUCAUCUAACCCACCUGCAAUAAGAAUCUGAUGUGAGCAACAAUUACCGCAGCACACCUCUAAAUCUCCUUUCUUCAUUAUUAUUUUUUCUGUGCCCGCUUUUGUGUGUUGUUGCGCGGAGUUAGUUGACAAUAUACGUUUUGCUAAAGUAAAAUACAAUAGCGGGCUAGCUUUGGAGCGAUCACAGACACACUCACACACACACAUACGCACACAAACUGCGUGAAGGCGAGGAACAAACGCAUCAAUACGUCCAUGUAUUUCCAUUUGUCCUGUUUAUCGCGUUGUUCUUUCAUUCAUGGUCAUUGCAUGCUUCUAACAGAAAACAAUAAUGCCCAUUUUCACAACCUAAAGAAUUGGGCUAAUAGCGUUACCGAAUUUGGGAGCAAACGAGCAAUUUUAUAAAUACUGGUGCGUACUGAUAAACAAGAAAAGACCCGCUACCACCUGUUUUCUGGUUAUAUUUUCAUGCCGACGCAGAUGUCCUUCACGUCUUGUUUCAUUUGAGUCCAAUUUGAACUGUGUGAUAAAUUUCGAGGACUGAAUGCUUGUCUCUGCUACUUUAAUUCUGCCUUACAUGCGAGCUCACACAAUAUAAUACUGAAUUUGCGUCUCAUGUAAACAGUACCUCAGUUCAUGACGCUAUUGACUAGUAUUUUCUCUGGGUGAGAAUCAGUAGCAUACUCCACUUUUAGGUGCCAACGUCACCCAUGUAAAUAAAAGCUAUAUGACUAAACACAACGGGGUGUGCGUCUGUAUUCUUCUUGUUCGUGUGUGUUUGUUGUUUCUAUAGAAUGUUUAUUCACCCGAACCAAUCCCGCGUCGUCAACAUUAAACCAAGAUAUAUUUAUCAAAUGCCAUUUCACAACCUCCAUGAUGCUACAUUGAAACCUAAACCCGUAAAUCGCCGUAAU